AUGGCUUCUUUCUCAGUGCCACUACAGUUUCUACUACUUCUUCUUCUAGCUCGAGCCGUGUAUUCGUCUUCUGAUUACUUAAUCGGAGUCGGAAGCUACGACAUUACUGGUCCUGCCGCCGAUGUAAACAUGAUGGGAUACGCAAACUCCGAUCAAAUCGCGUCUGGGAUUCAUUUCCGGUUACGAGCUCGGGCUUUCAUCGUCUCAGAUCCCCAAGGUAAUCGCGUCGCGUUUGUCAAUCUAGACGCCUGUAUGGCGUCACAGAUCGUCACCAUCAAAUUGCUCGAACGACUCAAAGCAAGAUAUGGUGAUGUUUACACAGAGAAGAAUGUAGCAAUAAGUGGGAUUCACACGCAUGCUGGACCAGGAGGUUAUCUUCAAUAUGUCACAUAUAUUGUGACGUCUCUUGGAUUUGUUCGUCAAUCUUUUGACGUACUCGUUGAUGGUAUCGAGCAAAGCAUUAUCCAAGCUCACCAAACUCUACGUCCUGGUUCUGUUUUUGUAAACAAAGGAGAUCUUUUGGAUGCCGGUGUGAAUCGGAGUCCGAGUUCUUAUCUGAACAAUCCUGCAGCUGAGAGGAGUAAAUAUAAGUAUAAUGUUGAUAAAGAAAUGACAUUGCUUAAGUUUGUUGAUUCUGAGUUGGGACCUAUUGGGAGCUUUAACUGGUUUGCUACUCAUGGGACUUCUAUGAGCCGGACUAACUCGUUGAUAAGUGGCGAUAACAAAGGCGCUGCAGCGCGUUUUAUGGAAGAUUGGUUUGAGGCGAAUGGUCAGAAGAAGAAUUCAGAUAGCUUGAGACAAAUCCCUCGGCGUGUAUCAACUAUUGUUUCUGAUUUGAGCAGAAACUAUAGCAAACUUUUGGAUAUUGCAGCUUCUUUCAAGUCAUCUAGAGGACAACGUGUGGCGAAGUCACUUGAUGCUAAAGUCCGAGUAAGAAACGGUUCAAAGCGUAGAUUCGUCUCUGCAUUCUGUCAAUCAAACUGUGGUGAUGUGAGUCCAAAUACUCUUGGAACAUUUUGCAUUGACACUGGACUGCCUUGUGAUUUCAAUCACAGUACCUGCAACGGGAAGAACGAAUUGUGCUAUGGCCGUGGCCCCGGGUACCCUGAUGAGUUUGAGAGUACACGUAUCAUUGGAGAAAAGCAAUUCAAAAUGGCAGUGGAACUAUAUAACAAAGCUAGUGAGAAGCUGCAGGGGAAAAUCGGUUACCAACAUGCGUAUAUAGAUUUCUCGAAGCUUGAAGUCACGGUUCCUAAAGCAGGCGGCGGCUCUGAGACGGUUAAAACAUGUCCAGCUGCAAUGGGAUUUGGUUUUGCUGCUGGCACAACUGAUGGUCCAGGUGCUUUCGAUUUCAAACAAGGAGAUGAUAAGGGUAAUGCCUUUUGGAGAGUAGUAAGGAACGUGUUAAGAACUCCAGGUCCUGAACAAGUUCAAUGCCAAAAACCAAAACCGAUUUUACUUGACACCGGUGAGAUGAAGACACCAUACGACUGGGCGCCUUCGAUUCUUCCGAUUCAGAUACUUCGCAUUGGUCAGUUAGUCAUCCUCAGUGUCCCCGGAGAGUUCACAACAAUGGCUGGAAGGCGUCUCCGUGAUGCCGUAAAGUCUUAUCUCAUCUCUUUGGACAACAAAGAAUUUGGCAACAACCUCCAUGUUGUAAUCGCAGGUCUCACCAACACGUAUUCUCAAUACAUCGCCACUUUCGAAGAGUACGAGGUUCAAAGAUACGAGGGAGCUUCAACGCUAUACGGACCACACACACUCACUGCCUAUAUACAAGAGUUUAAGAAACUAGCCACAGCUUUAGUCAACGGUCAAACACUCCCACGUGGUCCCCAACCACCUGACCUUCUAGACAAACAGAUUAGUUUACUAACACCUGUGGUCGUUGACUCUACUCCUCUAGGAGUCAGCUUCGGUGACGUCAAAGCCGAUGUUCCUCCAAAGUCAACGUUCAGACGAGGUCAACAAGUCAACGCGACGUUCUGGUCAGGAUGUCCUCGAAACGAUCUGAUGACGGAAGGAUCUUUCGCGGUGGUUGAGACGUUGCGUGAUGGAGGGAAGUGGGUUCCAGUGUACGACGACGAUGACUUUAGUCUCAAGUUUAAGUGGUCGAGACCAGAAAAACUGAGCCCGGAGAGCCACGCCACGGUGGAGUGGAGGAUACCGGAAUCCGCGGUUGCCGGAGUUUACAGAAUAAGACAUUACGGAGCUUCUAAGUCUCUGUUUGGUUCCAUUAGUAGCUUCUCUGGUUCUUCUAGCGCUUUUGUAGUUGUAUGA